CACUCACUCCAUGCCUGUCUCCUAGACUAGCACGCUCCACUCCACACACCUGUCGCUCCGCGUACCUUGACUAUUUGUUCAAGCCUAGUCGUAGAUUGGCAUUCGAUAGCUUAUGACCGUUAAGGCCAGAAUAGUUGAGGUCAAUUCAGCGUCUCAUCUGUAGCGGAAGAUUCAACAAUUUUCAGAUCCUUCCGGUUCCGCGUCGCCAUAAGACCCAGCGCUGCUGCUUGCAUUACUGUAGAUCCGGCCGGGCUAGCGCACCGCACGUCAUGGAUCCUCUAAAGAAGCUCGAGUACCUCUCACUCGUCUCCAAAGUCUGCUCGGAAUUGGAGACGCAUGUGGGAAUUGCCGACAAAACGCUUGCAGAAUUCAUCAUCGAGCUCGGGCAGCAGAAUUUCACGGUCGCCGCUUUCGACGCUGCCUUAAAAGAAAACGGAGCCGAGCUGCCCGAAUAUUUCGUCGGCACGCUCCUCACCAUCAUCCACGCCGUCCUUCCCCCCAAAUCCAAAUCCAAGGGCUCAGGGAAGAAAGCCGGCGACAGUUCGGGCAGCCAGAAAUUUCCCGGUCUGGCGGUUCCGGAUGACAGGGAGAGAGCCAAAGCUCUGGAGCGGGAAAUGCUUGGCGAAGCGUCGCGAGACGCGCGAAGAGAUGGGGACAGUUACCACGAUGACAGGGAUCGCGACCGGGACCGAGGCCGAGACAGCGACAGAGACAGGGAUAGGGAUAGGGAUGACGGGAGGGAGCGGCGGCGACGGUGGGAUGACGAUGGGAGCGAUAGGCACAGGGACAGGGACAGAGACAGAGACAGAGACAGAGGCAGGGACAGGGAUAGUGACAGGGACAGGGAGCGGGACAGAGAUAGAGGUAGGGACGAGAGGCGAAGGGGCGAAGACGAGAGGGACCGCUUGCCUCCUAGACCGGCCGUACCGCCGCCGCCGCCGCCUAGGAGCUCGGAGCUGGAGGUGUACGGCAUUUACAAGGGGAAGGUGUCCCGCAUCAUGGAGUUCGGGUGUUUUGUGCAAAUAGACCUUCCGGGCAGCCACGAAAAAAAGGAGGGGCUGGUGCACGUGUCGCAGAUCGCGUCGCGGCGAAUCAACAGCGCGAAGGAUGCGGUGGAGAGGGAUCAGGAGGUGUGGGUGAAGGUGAUCAGCAUGUCCGGGCAGAAAUUAUCUCUCAGCAUCCGUGACGUGGACCAGAAAACGGGCAAGGAUCUCCUGCCCAUGCGAAAAAAACCUUCAACCGGCGAGGACGGGGAGGGCGACGACCGAAGCAACCCGUCCGGCCCGGGCACGCGCGGAUUAUCCGGGAUCCGCAUCGUGGAGGAGGAUAACGCCACGGGGCGGCGUCCUGGCCGUCGGAUGUCGUCCCCCGAGCGAUGGGAGGCUCAGCAGUUAGUCGCGUCAGGCGUCCUGGACGUUACAGAUUACCCACAGUAUGACGAUGAGGGGGGGGGUUUACUGUACCAGGACGAGGGCGAGGAGCAGGAGGUGGAGAUCGAGCUUAACGAGGACGAGCCCGCGUUCCUGCGAGGCCAGACGCGCGCCAGCAUCGACGUGUCCCCCGUGAAGAUCGUCAAGAACCCGGAUGGGUCCCUGCAGAGAGCCGCCAUGACGCAGUCGGCGCUGGCGAAGGAGCGGCGGGAGCUGAGGGAGCAGCAGCAGCGCAGCAUGCUGGACAGCAUCCCCAAGGACCUCAACAGGCCGUGGGAAGACCCCAUGCCCGAGUCUGGCGAGCGGCACCUGGCGCAGGAGCUGCGGGGCGUGGGGCUGGCGGCGUACGACAUGCCUGAGUGGAAGAAGGACGCGUUUGGCAAGGCGCCGACGUUCGGACAGCGGUCGAAGCUGUCGAUGCAGGAGCAGCGGCAGAGCCUGCCCAUCUACAAGCUGAAGAACGAGCUCAUUCAGGCCGUGAAUGGGAACCAGGUGCUCGUCGUCAUUGGCGAGACGGGGUCCGGGAAGACGACGCAGAUGACGCAGUAUUUGGCCGAGGCGGGGUACACGAGUAAGGGGAAGAUCGGGUGCACGCAGCCGCGGCGCGUGGCGGCCAUGUCGGUGGCGAAGCGCGUGGCUGAGGAGUUUGGGUGCAGGUUGGGGGAGGAGGUGGGGUAUGCGAUCCGGUUUGAGGAUUGCACGAGUCCCGAGACGGUGAUCAAGUACAUGACGGACGGUAUGCUUCUGAGAGAGAUUCUGGUGGACGAGGAUCUCUCGUCGUACUCGGUGAUUAUGCUCGAUGAGGCGCACGAGAGGACGAUUCAUACCGAUGUGCUGUUCGGGCUGCUGAAGGAUUUGUUGGGCAGGAGGAAAGAUAUGCGGCUGAUCGUGACGUCGGCCACGCUGGACGCUGAAAAGUUUUCGAAUUAUUUCUUCCAGUGCCCGAUUUUUACCAUUCCGGGCAGGACGUUCCCGGUGGAGGUUUUGUAUACCAAGGCGCCUGAGACGGAUUAUUUGGACGCUGCCCUGAUCACGGUGAUGCAGAUUCACCUGACCGAACCUGAGGGUGACAUUCUUUUGUUUCUGACCGGGCAGGAGGAAAUUGACACGUCGUGCCAGAUCCUUUACGAGCGAAUCAAAGGGCUCGGGCCGUCCGUCCCAGAACUUAUCAUCCUGCCCGUGUACAGCUCCCUGCCCAGCGAGAUGCAGACAAGAAUUUUUGACCCUGCCCCGCCGGGCACCCGGAAAGUCGUCGUGGCCACUAACAUCGCAGAAGCCUCCCUGACCAUUGACGGAAUCUACUACGUGGUAGACCCGGGCUUCGCAAAACAAAAGGUCUACAACCCGAAGCUGGGCCUCGACUCCCUCGUCAUCACCCCCAUCUCCCAAGCCUCGGCUCGGCAGAGGGCCGGCCGAGCCGGACGCACAGGUCCGGGGAAGUGCUACCGGCUGUACACUGAGAGCGCGUACCGCAACGAGAUGCUACCCACCACCGUGCCUGAGAUCCAGCGCACGAACCUUGGCAUGACGACACUGACACUUAAAGCCAUGGGCAUCAACGACCUCCUGGCGUUCGACUUCAUGGACCCGCCGCCGCCCCAGGCUUUAAUCUCCGCUAUGGAGCAGCUCUACAACCUCGGCGCCCUAGACGAAGAAGGGCUGCUGACGAAACUCGGGCGGAAAAUGGCUGAAUUUCCUCUGGAGCCGCCGCUGUCGAAGACGCUGAUUGCGAGCGUGGACCUGGGGUGCUCGGAGGAGAUUUUGACCAUUAUUGCUAUGCUGCAGGCGCAGAACAUCUUCUACCGCCCGCGCGAGAAGCAGGCGCAGGCGGACCAGAAGAAGGCCAAGUUCUUCCAGCCGGAAGGGGACCAUCUCACGCUGCUGGCGGUUUAUGAGGCGUGGAAGGCCAAGAGCUUCUCGGGGCCGUGGUGCUAUGAGAACUUUGUGCAGAGCCGGUCGCUGAGGCGGGCGCAGGACGUGCGGAAACAGCUGCUGACGAUCAUGGACAGGUACAAGCUGGAUGUUGUAUCCGCUGGCCGCAACUUCAUCAAAAUCCGCAAGGCGCUGUGCUCCGGGUUCUUCUUCCACGCCGCCAGAAAAGACCCUCAAGAAGGCUACCGCUCUAUCGUCGAAAACCAACCAGUCUACAUCCACCCAUCCUCCGCGCUCUUCCAGCGCCAGCCCGACUGGGUGCUGUACCACGAGCUGGUGAUGACGACCAAGGAGUACAUGCGCGAGUGCACCUUGAUCGACCCCAAGUGGCUCGUGGAGUUGGCCCCGCGGUUCUUCCGGCAGGCGGAUCCCUCGAAGCUCAGCAAGAGGAAGCGCCAGGAGCGCAUCGAGCCGCUUUAUGACCGAUACCAUGAGCCGAACGCGUGGAGGUUGAGUAAGAGGAGGGCGUAAGAAGGGGAGGAGGAUGGGAGGAGGGGAGGAGGAGGGGAGGAGUAGAGGAGGAGGAGGGAAGGAGGGGAGGGGGGUAGGGGGGAGGAGGGAGAGAUUGGUGGGCUGCUCUUUGGUGUUGGGCUGGUUAUAUUUCUUCCCCUUGGUGAUGACCACCAAGGAGCACACGAGCGAGUGCACGCUCAUUGAUCCUAGGUGGAUCGUGGAGCUUGCCCGGUGGUUCUUCACAUAGGCGGAUCCCUCGAAGCUGAGCAUCGAGUCGCUGUACUACCGGUACCACGAGCCGAGCGCGUGGCGGCUCAGCAACAGACGGGCGCAAACAUGGGAGAGGGGGGUGGGGGGGGUUGGGGCGGUGGGGUGUUGAGGUGCCUUUUGAGUCGAAUGAGGACCGGAUUGAGUUGCUGUGUGACUGGUACCACGAGCCCAACCCAUGGCAGCUGAGCAGGAGCAGAGCGUAAACAUGAGUGGCCGGGGGAAGGGGGGGAGUUGAGGGUGGCUUCAGGGCAGGAAGCCGUUUGAAUUCGUCUCAGGAGCCAGUGAGUUGCUGUAUGGAUGGGUACCACGAGCCGAGCGCAUAGCGGCUGAGCAAGAGGCGACCUUAUGAAGGAUGCUUCAGGGUUGAGGAGGGAAGUGGAGCGGAGGGGAGGUGUUGAGUGCACUGUGAACAGCGGCUCGGUCCGAACGGAUCCAUGGAGGCUGAGUAGUGAGCAGGAGGAGAGCUUGAGAAGAAAGGAGGAUACUUGAGACUAGUUGGCUGGUCAAAGGGGGUGAUUGUAUGUGGAAACCUCAAUGGUGGGGGAAGAAGGCAUGGAGGGGCAUGGAGGGAAGGAGGCAUGGAGGGAUGGAGGCAUGGAGGGAUGAAGGCAUGGAGGGACGAAGCUGUGCAGAUUCCUUGUGUUUAGUGAAUCAAGAGGUGGAGUGGAGCGAGCAUGGGUGGGGCUUGGUUCCUGUGGUAUACCAGCAAAGUCAGCAGGAUUCCUGUGGUACCUACCGUAGUCCUGUAACAUGUGCCUCCACUCUGUAGUAUUGACGACUGACUGAUGGGAGGUGCGAAAGGAGCGAUGGACUGGUGCUGCUUCUGGUCUGCUUCUCCCAGGGCACGCAUUCACUGGUGACUCAGGCUAUGGCUUUUUGGAGUGCAUGCACUUGGUAUCCUUGGAAGAUCUCUCUGAUUUCAAUCAUGCCGUGUCACUCACCACCAUGUCACCUGACAGGCCACUCCCAUU